CCGCUGCUGCUGCUGCUGCUCCCGGCUCUGCAGCUCGCUCUGCCGUCCCCGCAGCCCCCCGAGGCGCGCGCCAAGCUCUGCGGCCACCACCUGGUGCGAGCACUGGUGAGGGUGUGCGGGGGCCCACGCUGGUCCCCCGAGGCCACGCAGCCCGUGGACGCCCGUGACCGAGAGCUGCUGCGGUGGCUGGAGCAGCGGCAGCUCCUGCAUGCACUUGCGGCUGACACGGACCCCGCUCCGGACCCCGACCUGCAGCUUCCUCCCCAGGCUCCUAAGCGCCGCCGCCGCCGCCGCAGCGGGGCCACCAAUUCUGUGCACCGCUGCUGCCUCACUGGCUGCACCCGGCAAGACCUGCUGCGCCUCUGUCCCCACUGAAGGGGCCCCGGGCUCAGGCGGUGGGGCCUGGCCGUCCAGGACAGGAUGCUGACACCGCCCGUGGGACCGCAGCACUCGCGUUCCCUGGAGAAGCCCCAGCCAUUCACAGAUCUCAGAAAAGGACGGUCGCAUGCCCUGCCCCCGAGGACCUCCAACACGGCCUGCGUCCCCAACAGUCUAAAUAAAAGAGCAACUUCA